GAACAACAGAGAUGACGUAUUGAGAGUCAAGUUACUGGGGUUAGCAACAUAGCCUUGGACGACGAAACCACGGUUUUCUCGGGCCAGGUGGGGUUUGACCAAAAGUCGCCGAGAACCCCCAAAAACCUUAGAGCAUUGAAAUCCCAUCUCUACCCCCCUCUGCCACCGUCACACUCACUUCGCUCUUCUCUCACACAUAUACCCAGAAAUUCAGAAGCAAAAAAACAGAGCCAGCCAGACUUGUUUCUCUUCUCUCUUAUCAACACCAACAAAGAAGCUUCCGUCGUUUUCUCCCAGAACCCUUCUCCUUUCAUUUUCGCUUCGCUCUUCUUUCCGGGUGGUCCUUCUUUCUCUUCCCUUAAUGGCUGGAAAGGAGGGUUUUGAGGUGGACCAGCUUGGGGUCAUAGAAGGAACGAGCUUCUCUCAGCUGCUCUACGAAGUCGAACAUGAUGUGGUGGGUCUUUGUGUAGAUGAUCAUCAAUCCCAAAUCUUCAACUACAACACCAACAGCUGCUCCUCGCUUUAUUCGGCCACCGACCUUAAAACCCCCAAAAUGCUCUGUUUCGGGGACUUUCAGAACAAGGACAGGGACAACCACCACCUCGGGGAAAUUGGGUUUCCGGAGAUUUCGAUUUCCCGGCCGCCGGCUCAGAAAUCAGGGCUCACAUGCAGCGAUUCCUCCUCUGUUUCUUCCACCAGCACCAAAGCGGCCACUUCUUCCUCCAACUCUAAUAGUAAUCAGAAGAAGCGAAACGGGGUGGCGCAAGAACAACAAGUUCAAUGUGCAAGCACCACAACUCAGGCCGGUCAGAGAAGCUCUAAGAAGCCGAAAACGGACAAGCCCGCUGCCGGAAAGAGGAGAGAGAAGCUGGGAGAAAGAAUCUCAGCACUGCAGCAACUCGUUUCACCCUUUGGAAAGACAGACACAGCCUCAGUGCUUCAUGAAGCGAUGGGAUACAUCAGGUUCCUGCACGACCAGGUUCAGGUUCUGUGUUCGCCAUACCUGAAACGCUUGCCUUCAUUACCUGAGGGAGGAGGAGAUGGGGCGGAGAAGAAGGACGAAGAAGCGAGGAGUAAUGACCUGAGAAGCCGGGGGCUGUGUUUGGUGCCGAUGGAGAACACCGCACAUUUGGCGAACAACAACGGUGCCGAUUUCUGGUCACCGGUUACAAUGGCGAGCAACAGUAACAACAAAGUGUCAUCGUCGACCGGAUAUUGAUGAAGGACUAGUGAAGGUGCUUUUGUCAGUUUUGUGUACAUGGCCAAACCUAGAAGAAGACCUAGUGCCGGCUCGUUUUGGGAACCUACAACAAUGACAUGACAACGUAAUUUUUGGGGUAAAAGGUGAAAAGGGUGAAAAGAAAAUACAGG